CGAGACAGCGGCGGAGUUACGUCGUCUGCUGCCGCUCAGUGUCGGGACAGAACCGCUAGUAAGCACGGCGGUAUUUCCACGGCUGCCCGUUAACAGUACAAGGAAGUCGAGCGCCAAACACAGGCGGAAAACAAGAGAACACUUCAAGAUGAGCGCCAUAGACAGCAUUCUCAGUUACACCCGCAAAGAGGAGGAGGAUUUCUACGCACUGCUCGGCUGCGACGAGAAUUCCACAACAGAACAGAUUGUCGCUGAAUACAAGGUCAGAGCUCUCCAGUACCAUCCGGACAAGAAUGAGGGCGACAAAGAAGCCGAAGCGAAGUUUCAGCAGUUGCAGGAAGCAAAGGAAAUCCUUUGUGACCCCGAGAAAAGAAGCAAUUACGACAAGUGGCGCAAUAGUGGCAUUGCUAUCAGCUACAAGCAAUGGGUUGGAAUGAAGGAACACGUUCAUUCGUCAAUGCACUGGACCACCCUGAAGACGAAAGAUAGGAUGCUGCCUGAAACUGCAGGUGAAGGUGGCAGCACAAGUGGCUCAGGGAGUGCCCCCCAGGCACACCGCCGGGCUUCAGAGGGAGGUGCAAACAUACACUGGGGUGCUCGCGGCACUGUCAACUGGAAAUCUGAUGCUUCUAGUGAAGUUGUCAGCAAGUUCCGCAACUAUGAAAUUUAGACUGCUUUGCUAUUGUAACUAAUUUCCUGUUUGUGUCACAACCUGUAGAGAACUACAUUCCAUGGGUGUGAUACCGUCUCUGUGUUGUACCGUACUUUAGACAAUCUGCAUGCUGUCUGUAAUAUUUCUGAUAUUUUCAUACAGCAAGAAGUAUUUCUAUUGUCUUCCUUGUAACUCUACAAUCUUACACAUUGCAAUUUUUGUUUCAUAUAAUAUAUUUUAUAUAUUUAUAUAGCCACCAACUAUACACUUUUAUUUUUCAGUGGCAUCCAAAUGAAAGUAUUUUUAAAUCUGCCACAAAUGUAGAAAGCAAACUAUCACCUUUUGCAUUCCACUGACAGGUGUCUGAAGGCUAAAACAUGACAAGUUACGAUAAUCAGUAUUUUUAUUUUUGUGAUAAAGCAUUAUAAUCAACAAAACGUGAAUUUAAGUAUUUUGGAAACAUGCUCAAGCAUUUUUCACUAUGAAUAAUGGAAUUCCUAUAUUUUAAACUGAAGACUAUUUUAAGUGAAGUGCAAGAGACGGGUCCUACUUAGAAAUUUCCUGUGAUAAACUACCUUCUUACUGAAUGUGGCUCCUUACCUGUAAACUUAAUGUUACAAUUAAUGUUUGUUGUUAGGUGAUAUUAGUACCCAAAUCUGAAGACAAACUGUGUCAUGCUAUAAUAAGUAUUUGAUGUGUGCAUGAUAUGUUUGACAUGUUUCAGAGUAGUACGAAAACAGGGUUCUGUUGAUGAAUGGUUAUUAGGUAACUGAAAAAGGAUUGUAAUGUAUUAUAAAUGGUUUCAAAAUUUAUAACAAUUUUGCAAGCUGGCAUUGCAAAUUUAAAUUAGUGAAGUCACACUGUAAAGUAGAAAUUGUUGUUUAUAUUACUUAUUAGUAUAAUCUGUACCUGUGUUCUGGAGCUAAAUGUGUUGCUACUUUGAUAUCCUGGGAAAUCAAUUCCACUUAAAAAUACCAUUAAUUCUCAAUGUGUGUAUUUAUCAUGUACCUUCCGUAAGUGUGUUUCCUGUAUGUUUCAACAAUAAAUGUCUAACAAACUGUA